AUGGCCGACUCUCUCCUGGAUUCCACAGUCAUGUCCGUGGGGAGUAUCAUCAUGUCCGUGGGGAGUUUCGGGCAUCCAGAGCUCUGCCACAAGCCUUGUCUGCGCCAGCUGCAACUUCUGCCACUUGCCUCACGCAGAAAAUUUGAAGCUAAGCAGGAAUCAACGCCAGGACUUGCAAGAUCUGGGCGAGGCGAAUCUCACGGCGCUGAUUUUGCCUCACCUCAGAUCAAGGCAGCUGCCACCAAACAACGUUGCAGCCUUGGUAGAGCAACAUUUGGCCACCUUACCGACUCAGAGGACAUGGGUUGCGCUUGGAAGGACGAGGCAACUAGAUGCACGCCUUGCGACCUUGAGGUUUAG